UGAGGGUGGAGGGAGCCACGAGUUCUUUGCUAGAGGAAGACCAAAGACUAGGUUGUAGGAAAAGCAAAUAGAAGCCAUGUUUCGGAGACCUGUAUUACAGGUGUUUCAUCAGUUUGUAAGACGUGAGUCUGAAAUAGCCAGCAGCUUGGUUCUUGAAAGAUCUCUGAACCGUGUGCAGCUCCUUGGGCGAGUGGGUCAGGACCCCGUCAUGAGACAGGUGGAAGGGAAGAACCCUGUCACAAUAUUUUCUCUAGCAACGAAUGAAAUGUGGCGGUCAGGGGAGAGUGAAGUAUACCAAAUGGAUUUAGGUGAUGUCAGUCAAAAGACGACAUGGCACAGAAUAUCAGUAUUCCGACCAGGCCUCAGAGAUGUGGCGUAUCAGUAUGUGAAAAAGGGGUCCCGUAUCUAUGUGGAAGGGAAAGUCGACUAUGGUGAAUACACAGAUAAAAACAAUGUGAGGCGACAGGCAACAACAAUCAUAGCUGAUAAUAUUAUAUUUCUGAGUGACCAGACCAAAGAAAAGGCAUAGAGUGGACGAUUCUUCUUUGGCCAUUGUUUGUUAACUGUUGCUAAGGGGGUAGAAGCAGAUGCCAUUUGGUGGUGCUUCCAGGAAAGCCCCUUAAAUGAUUAGCUCUGUUGGGAGGCUCAUCCUUUGUGCUUCUCCAGACCCUCACCUGGCUUUUUCUGGUCUGAAAUGUGGACAUGAUGGCUGAGAGUCUCCAGUAGCCAUUUUAGACCACAAGACUAUCUGCAGGAUGGAAGAUGGAAGAUGGAAGAGGCUGGAGUCCGUGAUGACCAUGGAACCACCAUCGCGGUCCUGGACAGUCUACCUCUGGACUUCUUUGGGAGACACAAAUAAAUCUCUACCUUGUUGAAACCACUUAUUUGUGCUUUGCAUUUAAACCUAAUUCUUACCAAUUCACACAUUCUUUAUCUCCGUAUACGCAAUUCAUUACUUCAGUUCUUUCUCUUCUAAGACCGUUCACUACUGGUAGAAGUAAAAUAUCACCUCUACUGCCACAGUCUCUCAGACUUUUAACCUAGGUCUCAUUCUUAAUUUGGGGAGGGACUGGGACAUAAAAUGUACACGGAUCCUUAGCAAAUACCUUAAAAAGGGUAAAUACAAACUUUUUUUUCAUCAAAUAGUUUAAUUUUGCCUGAAGCCUGAAAUGAGGACCCUUAGUUAACAGCCCCUUGUUUACUAAGGUAGUACGUAAAUAAGAACAGAAGUACUGACCUUCUGCUUCUCCUGGCAGUAUAGCAGACUAGCUAAUCUGGAGUGAGGAGGUGUCCCACUGCAAAAUAACCAGAUCCUAAGUAUGACAUAGUUUUUAUUGCAUUCUAGGGAAUCUAAGUUCGGGCCGCCAUAACAAAAUACCAUAGAGUGGGUGAUUUAAACAACAGACGUUUUGCGAUUCUGGAGGCUAGAAGUCUCAGAACAGGGUGCAGGAUGGUUGGUUUCCUGGGAGGCCCAUGUUGCUGGCUUAUAAGUGGUUACCAUCUCACCGUGUCCUUACAUGGCCUCCUAUUUGUGCUGGCAGAGCGUGAACUCUCUGGUGUCUAUAAGGACACUAAUGCAGUUGUGUCAGGGCCCCACCCUUAUGGCCUGGGUUCACUUUAUCUUCUUACCGGCCCUAUCUCAAAAUGUAGUCACAUUGGGGAUUAGACUUCUAUAUGUGAAUGUUGAGUGGACACAGUUCAAUCUGUAGCAUUGGGCUUGCAGGAAGAAAGGGACUUCUUCAAGUGACAGGUUCUAAACUAAACGAAAAUGAGCAAUAAGUAGGCGACACACUGAAAAAAGGGAGUUCCCUGAUGACAUGCUAAUAUUGACAUCGUGGUUUGGAGAUAAAAACAAAGGAUAUGUGUCAAAGGUGUGCCUCAAACAGACUUGAAAUUAGAAGAGCAUUUUUCGUAAAAUGAAAAAGGCAAGGAUGUCUUAUCACUACUUCUCUUUGACAGGUUGUUUGUACUGAGGCUUUAGCAAGCAUAGUUGGGAAGGAAAGAAAACGUAUUAAGAUGGAAAGGAAGAAAGUCACAAAUGCUGUGAUUACACAGAAACCAUGAAAGAAAAGAAUCUGUAGAUGAAUAAUUAAAAGUUGCUGGAAAUAAGAUCAGUUUACAAAAGUCAACUGCAAACAGCAGUGAAGAUGCCAUGUACAAGAGCAUCAGAAAAUGAGUCUUCCAAGAGUGUGGUCUCUGUGGAGCACAUUAUGAAACUUGAUUGAAAUACAUUAAAAGAAGACUAAUCACAUUGGUAAAUCAUGUUUAUUGUAAGCAUCAAUCGUGUAAAGAUCUCAACCCUCCCCCACAUUCAUGUUACAGAUCAAAACAAAAAUUCCCUGUUUCUUGGGGGCAACUGGACAAGUUGACUCUAAAGAUGUGUUGAUACUCAAAGGCCCAAGAUCACACAACAAACUUCUGAAGAAGAGUGAGAUGGGGGACUUGCUCUGCCAGUUGGCAAGCCUUUUUAAAAUGAAAGCUAUAGUGAUAAAAAACUGUUCUAUGGAUACAGGAAUAAACAGGGCAGUGGUGUAGCAAAGAGAACCCAGAAACAGACCAUGCACAUGUAGAAAGUGAUAAAAGUGGCAUAGAUCAGUGGGUCUAGAUUGUUUCAAUUAUGCCAGGGAGAUUUGUUAUCCAUGCAGAAGAAAAUGAAAUCAGAUAUCUACACCUUAUGCAAAGAUCAAUUCUUGGUGAUUUAAAGACAUUUGUGAAAGGCAAAAUGUUAAAAAUUUUGGAAGAAACUAUACUACAAUGUCUUUAUGAUCUGGUGGCAUAGAAAUUUUCUCUUUUAAACAAAAAUGUAAAUACAGAGAAGAGGGAUACAUUUAACUGUUAAAAAUAACUUGUUUAUAGAAAGUCACUGGAAAGAAAGCAAAAUGACAAGUCACAAACUGGAGAGAAGAUAUUUGCAAUCAUAUAACUGAAAUAUAACUUAGAAUAUAUAAGGGUUACAAAGCAAAAUACGAUCUAGAAUAUAUGAAGGCCUACAAAGCAACAAGAAGACAACAGGUUAGAAAAAUGGGCAAAGACACAGAGCCUGUGAAAUAUAAAUAAUCCAUUCAUAUGUGAAAAAGUGGUCAACUUCAUUAAUAAGGAAAACCACUUGCAAUGUUGUGGAUGGGGCUAGAGUGUAUUAUGCUAAGUGAAAUAGGUCAGUCAGAGAAAGACAAAUACCAUAUGAUCUCACUUAUAUGUAGGAAGGGGGAAAAGAAAAAAGGAAACAAGCCGUAAGAAAUGCUUAAU